CUCUUCGAGCGUCUGUUCGUUAUGCUUCCGGAGUUCGUGAAACUUAUUGACCACUUUGUCCACCUCUUUCUCCACGUUCACCACCGCAUCGCUCAUCGCUGUACCUCUUCCUCGUCAGUGAACGACACACCACUGGUCACCACUCGAUGGCUAUACCGGGAGACCAAUCAACACAAUGGCCAACAAAUACACCACCAAAUGAGCGCUGAUUGUGGCCACGGCUUCGGCAGUGAGAGUGGAUCAGCUCACGGACCCGCAACCGUUUCCGGCCAGACAUCACUCACCACCAGAAGAGAUCACUCGCGAAGACAGCGGUUCCCUCUUCGGCACCACAACAACACCGGUUUCUCUCAAACCGCUUUCACUAACGGCCAGACAAUGAUCCCGUCCUCGACGGCCACCGCCUUUGUGUCGGCCACCAAACAGCACUUCGAGGCCAACAGUCGGGUUCGGGACAUCUCUGCGCACACCUCUAAAGUGCAUUCAGUGGACUGGAACUGCGACGGCCGAAGACUCGCGUCGGGAAGUUUCGACAAAACCGUAUCGCUGUUCGCACUCCAGAGCCAGUCGUCCGAUCGGCUCAGCAAAGAGCACACAUUCAAAGGCCACUCGGAUUCCGUGGAUCAGCUCUGUUGGCACCCGAAACAGCCCGACCUGUUGGCCACGGCGUCGCUCGACCGCACAGUGAGGCUAUGGGACGCGCGGACCACCAAAUCGGUGGCCACCGUUCAGACGAAAGGCGAGAAUAUCAACAUCUGUUGGUCACCCAAUGGCCACACGAUUGCCGUCGGCAACAAAGAAGAUUUGGUCACUUUGAUCGACACGCGAACCCAUAAGACAAUGGGUGAGCACUCGUUCAAGUUUGAGGUGAACGAGAUCUCGUGGAACAACGACAACGACCUGUUCUUCUUGACGUCAGGUCAGGGCCACGUCCACGUGCUGUCGUACCCGGAGCUACAGCCGCAGCUCGUCCUCAACGCACAUCCGGCCACUUGUAUUUGCAUAGAGUUUGAUCCCAACGGCCGGUACUUCGCCGUGGGUUCGGCCGACGCGAUGGUGAGCCUCUGGGACGCCAAUCAUUUGGUGUGUUUGCGUACGAUAUCGCGUCUGGAAUGGCCCGCGCGUACCAUAAGCUUUAGUUUUGACGGCCAACUCUUGGCCUCGGCCUCCGAGGACCUGAUGAUCGACGUGUGUUAUGUGGAGACCGGCGAACGCGUCACUGAGAUCGCCACCGAAGCGCCCACUUUUACGGUCGCUUUCCACCCGAAGCGGCACCUCUUGGCCUACGCCUGCGAUGACAAAGACUCGUAUCAAAGAGACACCGGAACUGUUAAAGUGUACGGCUUUCCCAAUAAUAGCUGA